AUGACCAAAGAGUCCCAAAGAAUCCAUAAGCUGCUCUCUAUACAGUCACAUGUUGUCCAUGGUUAUGUUGGAAAUAGUGCAGCCACAUUUCCACUGCAAUAUAGAGGUUGGGACGUUGAUGCUUUGAACACUGUGCAAUUCUCUAACCAUCCAGCGUAUGGAAGCUUCAAAGGAACAAGAUCUACCGCUGAAGAAUUGAAAGAAAUAUAUAAAGGCUUGAAUGAAAUAGGGACUGACUAUGAUGCCAUCCUAACCGGUUAUAUCCCGGAUGAUGAAGGGUUAAAAGCCAUAGGAGAGAUCUGUAUUGACAUUUGCAGGAAGAAUCAUAUAAAAUGGAUAUUAGAUCCCGUUCUUGGUGAUAAUGGAAAGAUUUAUGUUAGUGAAGGAAAUAUUGAGAUUUAUAAAGAAUUGUUAAAGUCUGGUUAUGUUAACCUGGUUACACCAAAUCAGUUAGAAGUUGAAGUGUUAACAGGGGUGAAAGUAAAUGAUUUGACCUCACUUAAAAAGUCAAUCAGUGAAUUCCAUAAUCAAUAUCCAGGAAUAGAGAAUAUCGUUGUUACUUCUGUACAAUUUGAUGACGAUGUUGACCAUUUAUACAGUGCUGGUUCCACAAAGAUCAAUAGUUCCACCAAAAAAAGUUUCUAUUUCGAAGUACCAUCCAUCAAAGCAUCAUUCUCAGGGAGUGGUGAUCUAUUUUCAGGCUUACUCACAAGUGCGUUUUUCAAAUAUUUUGAUAAGUUCGAAGGAGAAUUGAAUGAAUCAACACCAAUAGAGAGACUUCCGUUACUAAACGCAUUGAAUGAAGUAUUAUCAAUCGUGGAGAAAGUGUUGGUUUUAACUUAUGAAAAAGAUCCUGUCUAUCACUCAAAUAUUUGGUAUAUUGAUUGUUCUUGGACAACUGUCUCAGGCUAUAGGUCUUUACACAAGAGAGAAGACCAAAAUGACUACAUCAUUCAUCUCAAAUUAGAUAGAUUAAUCCAAUCUUUACAAGACAUCAAAUAUUCAUCAUUAGUGAAAGAGGUUAUCAUACUCGACAAAGUUUUCAAUUAUGAAGAUAGCAAUGGGCAGUUGUUAGAUUUAAUUGCAACACUCAAAGACAAAGCCAAAAAUAUUGAAGUUUUAGAUGUUCCAGAUUCGUUGCUCAAGGCCGUCUCGAUUACUUCACUCAAAAAAAUCGUUACAGAUGAUAUUGAUAAAAUCAAAGAAACAAAAAAUUUGAAAUCCUUGACAAUUAAAUUGCAUAGUAAUACAGAAGAAAAGUUUCCAAGUGUUCUUCCAUCUUUGAACAACCUUGAAGAACUGAUCCUUAUUGAUGAAGAGUCUGCUUCCUUGAGGAUACUAAAGACUUUAUCAGAAGUUGGAUUACAAAAGUUGAAAUUAAAAAGACUUGCUUUCAAUCAUGUUCAUGGUCUCCAUGAUUACAAUGCUGUUCUGAGAAACCUUACUAUCACAUUUGUAGAAGAAUGUGUUGACCUUGGAUCCCUUGAAGAAUUAGAGAUGGCAAUUGGGUGUGAAGUGAAAAACUGCGACUGUUUGGAUACUUUUCUUGAUGAUCUGGCACCAAAGUUGACAAGUUUGAAGAAAUUAUCCAUACAGGAAAAGACGUUUCAUAGAGAUCAUUACUUAUCAGAAAAAUGGGAUGUCAAUAUUAACAGAUUCUUACUUCAUUUACCAGAAGGUUUAAAAUUCCUUUCAAUUCGUCAUAAUCCACCAAGAGAUGGGAAACUUGAAAACAAUGUUGAAGGUAAUUAUGUCAGAAGAAGGAAAUUGUAUGAAAAAGUGUUGCCAACUCUCAAAUCUUUAGAAGUGUUGGCUAGUCCAACGUUGUUGCAAACAUGUGCCUGUUAUGAGAUUUUGGUCUCAGAUUUAUUAUGGAAUGGGUGUGAAUGUGAGUACUGUUCUGAAGUUCUCAAUUUAUUUGACCAUUAUUUGAUGAAUCAUCAAUAUUAUGAUGAAGAAGAUGCUGAUUUUAGAGAUGUUAUUGCACCAAGAUUAUUUGGGAUUGGUGGUGUUGAACUAUUGAAAAGGUUAAAGAAUCAGUCAGACCUUGAUGUAUUGAAGUUUGGUCCUGGUGAAACAACAUGGGAUUUCCAUGGUUAUGAAAGCAUCAACCAUUUCAAUGAUUAUGAUUGUAUGUUUGAUGAAAGUUUUUUUGAACCAUUAGCCGUUUGUGUGUCACAUUUUUACAAAGGUUAUCUCGAGUUCUUUGAGCAAAAUCUUCCAAAUUUGAAAACGGUUGUUCUCUCUGGUAUAUUCUUUACGAUAGAUUCUGACAGAACGAUCAAGUGCAUUUAUGAUAAUCCAAAACCUUUAAUAUAG